AUGUCCGUCAACACAUCCGCCACGGCAUCCGUCGUCAAAGCCUCGGUCCUUCACGGCGCCCUUGACCUCCGCAUCGAGGACCGCGAGCUGGCCCCUCCCGCCUCCAGCGAGGUCCAGGUGGCGGUCCAGUCCACGGGCAUCUGCGGCUCCGACCUCCAUUACUACGCCGAAUUCCGCAACGGCGACAUCCAAGUACGCGAGCCGCUGACCCUCGGCCACGAGUCCAGCGGCACCGUCGUCGCCAUCGGCAGGGCCGUCACCGGUCUCGGGCCCGGCGACCGCGUCGCCCUCGAGGUCGGCUUGCCCUGCGAGGCCUGCCAGUACUGCUACAGGGGCCAGUACAACAUCUGUCACGGCAUGCGCUUCCGCGGCUCGGCCAAGGUCUUUCCUCACACCCAGGGCACCCUUCAGAAAAGGAUCAACCAUCCGGCUCGCUGGUGCCACAAGCUUCCGCCCAACCUCAGCCUUGACCAUGGCGCCCUCGUGGAACCCCUCUCCGUCGCCAUGCACGCCUUCAGCCGCUCCGCCUUGCUCCCCGGCGCGAACGUGCUCGUCUUCGGCGCCGGGACCAUCGGUCUCCUCGCCGGCGCCGUGAGCAAGGUCUACAAUUCGGUCGCCGUCGUCAUCGCCGACGUCCGAAAGGACCGUGUCGACUUUGCCGUCGCCAACGGGUACGCCGACGCCGGCUUCGUCGUCCCGGCGGCGAACCCGCAGACGACCGAGGACAAGCUCGCCUUUGCCAAGGACGUGGCCGAGAAGAUCAAGGCUCUCACGGUGUCCGGAAAGUCGCUCGGCGGGAUUUGUGCCGUGUACGAGUGUACCGGCGUCGAGAUGUGCCUCCAGAGCGCCAUAUACGCCGUCUGCCCAGGCUCCAAGAUCAUGAUGAUCGGCAUGGGCACCCCCGUCCUCUCCGUCCACCUGGCCGCCGCUCUCCAGCGCGAAGUCGACCUCAUCGGCGUCUUCCGCUACGCGAACACGUACAAAGCAGCCAUCAACAUGCUCGCCGACAAGCCCGACCGGUUGCCAGAAUUAUCCAAGCUUGUCACCCAUCGCUUCAAGGGCAUGGACCGCAUCGCCGAUGCUUUCGCCAUGGCUGCGAGAAAAACAGACGACGACGGAAACCUCGUGCUCAAGGUCAUUAUAGACAUGCAGUAG